GGACAACCUUAUCAUUAUUUAUCAAACACAAACUUUUUUUUUUUUUUUUCGUUUUGGUAGGAAUUCCUCGCAUUUUCCGGUACCGGUAAUCCGGUAGGAUAUAAGGAAUCAAGGAAUCACGAUAAUUAAUGAAAAAUAUGAAACGAAUGUAAUUAGCGCGUGAACAUUACUAAUACUGGAAGCGGAGACGCCGAGACGGUGACAGAAAUCAAAUGCAAAUCAAUGGUACUUGUUGCGCAGAUGAAUCAUGAAAUUGUAUUGCCUGAGUAAUCAUCCUAAUAAACCAUGCUACGUACUUCGUUUCAAAGAAGUAACCUUGAUGUUGGAUUGCGGAUUGAUCACGCAAACUGUGCUCAACUUUCUGCCGCUUCCUCUAGUUCCGUCAGCUCGUUUGAACAAUUUGCCCAAUUGGAUUCCUAGAAAUUGUCCAGACCCCCAAGUCGAAGGUGAAUUGAAAGAAUGCUGCGGCAGGGUGUUCGUCAACUCGGCUCCAGAAUUCUGCCCGCCGCUGCAGAAGCUCGUCGAUUACUCGGGCGUAAAUGCUAUUCUCAUUUCAAACUACACGGCCAUGUUCGCGCUUCCCUUCAUCACCGAGGGCACCGCAUUCCAAGGAAUUAUCUACAUGACCGAACCAACCUUACAAAUUGGAAGAUUUUAUUUGGAAGAAUUAGUCAAGUACAUCGAACACACCCCGAAAUCGGCGUUAGCCUCGCAUUGGAAAGAAGUACUGCAUACCUUACCUCCUCCGUUAUGCGAGAGUUUGAAACCGAGAAGUUGGCAGCAGCUAUUUAGCUGGGAAUCGGUUCUUUCGAGUUUGGCCAAAGUGCAGACCAUCGGAUACGACGAAAAAGUGGAUAUUUACGGAACAUUGAAAAUUACGCCGGUUAGCUCCGGAUAUUGCUUGGGAAGUAGUAAUUGGAUUAUUACGUCCGAUUAUGAGAAAAUCGUCUACGUGAGCGGAUCGUCGACGUUGACAACUCAUCCGAGACCUAUAGAUCAAACAUCGCUGAAAAAUGCCGACGUAUUAAUACUAACCGGAUUAACCCAAACUCCUACCGCUAAUCCUGACACCAUGCUCGGCGAACUUUGCAUGACUACGGCUCUAACAUUACGUAACGGCGGAAGCGUUUUGAUUCCGUGCUACCCGUCGGGCGUGGUUUACGAUUUAUUCGAAUGCUUGUCCACUCAUUUAGACAGUUCCGGUCUAUCUCAGGUGCCCAUGUACUUUAUUUCACCCGUUUCCGACGUGUCGUUGGGUUAUUCGAAUAUUUUCGCCGAAUGGUUAUCUCAAGGCAAACAGAAUAAAAUAUACCUUCCCGAGGAGCCAUUUCCUCACGCUCACCUCGUAAAGACUGGUCGUCUGAAGCCUUUCAAGCAUAUUCACGACGAUGGAUUCUGUAACGAUAUGAGACAACCUUGCGUUGUAUUCUGCGGCCACCCUAGUUUAAGAAUAGGCGAUUCUGUACAUUUUAUAGAACUGUGGGGCUCGAAUCCCAACCAUACGGUGAUUUUUACAGAGCCGGAUUAUCCUUAUUUAGAAGCGUUAGCUCCUUUCCAACCGAUCGCUAUGAAAGCGGUACAUUGCGCCAUUGACACCAGUUUGAAUUUCACCCAGGCUAAUAAACUUAUCCGAGAACUGAAACCGUCCACUUUGAUAUUGCCCGAAUGUUACACGCAACCUCCGGUGUCUCAUCCUAAUCGAACCGAACUAAUUAUCGAGCAGCUCCCAGAACGUAAAACUAUCACAAUAAAUCGUGGCGAAGUGAUCACUUUGCCGUUGAAACGGCGCAAACUGGUUGUAGAUUUAUCCUCGGAUAUGGCCGAAAUACUAAUGCCCGCCGAAGUGAAACCCAACGUCGGCUUGGUCACAAUUACCGGCGAAUUAAAAGUCAAGGAUAAUAAAUUGAAAAUCGAAAUGUUGAAGGAACGCGAAGGAGUAGCGUCUAAAAAAAACGCCAUCGAUUACGCUGAAAAUGUGAAAAAUUGUAAAUACACGUGGGGUACGUUGAAUGUGGAGAAAUUUGUAAACAAACUCAACGAAGAUGGUUUAAAAGACGUGAAAGUCGAACAAGGACCUCGUGGCUCGAUAAUUCAUUUGCAAGAAGAAGAUACGCUCAUUCAAAUCGAAGAGGAUUCCACUCAUAUUUACUGCGCGUCCAUGGAAAAAGGAUUUCGAGCUCGACUAAGGAAUAUUUUAUUGAAUUGUUUGAAUCAGUUCUAAUUUCGUCGUUUGGUUUCUUAAAAUAAGUUGGCACGGCGUUAUUUUUUAUUCGGUCAUUACGUAUCUUGUAAAUAUAUAUUUUUUUUUCACCAGUAAAAAUACACGUAUAAAUGUCGGCGAUGAAA